AUGCCGACCUCAAUGCAUCCCCAGGCCAAGUUCGAUCCGAUUCCUCCGGACUUGGACCUCCACACACUCGUCGAGCGAACUCCGAACUUCGAAUGGGUCCUCCGAAUCUCUACUGCGCAGAUCCAGGGCCUUGGCCCUCAGGAAUUCGAGAAACUGGUGCAACUGCAAGUUAUUCAAGGCGGGAAGCCGCUGGUCAUUGAGAAAUGGAAUGACGUCCUUCCCCAAUGGCUUUUCAGUGGCGAAUGGCUGGAGAAGACCUACGACAAGAAGCGUACAUGUGACUGUUUCCCUCGCAACCGAGCGGUAGCUAACACUGGAGCAGAAGAAAACGUUCGCGACAUCACCGGUCAGACCGAAAUCCCGAUGACUAUGGGCCACUACAUGAGAGCUAUGAAGCAGCUCACCAACCAAUGGACCCCGAGCAACUACCGAGACGAGAGACGGCAACGCCUUUACCUGAAAGACAUUGACUGCCCCCCGAGUGGCACGAGCAUCUUCAAAAGGUCAUCCCUCCGAACUUAUUCUAUAUGA